AAGUGUUUCUGUGCAGGUAAUGAAAGAAUUGUGUGAUGGAAAAGUUGGUAGCUAUCGACGAAUUCUGGUCAGUUGAUAAUGGGAUUUGCUUUGGGUACAACAUAUCUACCACUCCCUGCAAAGCAAACAUAGUGCUGCAUUUCUGGGUUCCAUAUCAAAGCCAGUCAGGCAACUGCUGAAUUUGUAAAUAUUUUUGCGCAUUUUCUAUAUAUGUUAAAACGUGUGGAGAAGAAAAACAUGGGGAAAACUUGCAAAUAUCUGCUUUUAGAUUAUGUCGACAAGGACCCUACAACUACCAAUCGUUGUCGGUCUAUAUGUCACUAACGGCAUCAGUGAGAAAGUGAAUCAACGCACCUUGCCCGUACUUCAGAUUCACAAAUAAACCUGCAAUAGCGCUCUAAUCACGGUGGGGCUUUGUUUUGCGAUAGGCAUUCGGGAGAAAAUGACGGAGGACACGAGAGAGCUUGUGGAACAAUACAUGGACGCCGACCGAAAAUACGUACAACAGAUGCAAAGUACUUUAUGUCAACUGGAAGAAAAGCUACGGCAAGUAACCGCAGACAGAGACCGUCUUGUCUCAGCCAAAGACCUGGCAGACAAGAAGAGAAUACGUGCAACGAGGGAGAGGGAUCAACUUGCCAAGGACAGACUCCGAGUCAAAGAUGAGAAUGAACGACUGAAGAAAGUUCUCUUCUCCAACAAGACCGUACAAGUCUACGCGAUGAACCAUUAUCCAAAGGGAGUUUGUCUCAUCAUUAACAAUAUCAACUUCAGGGGACUGCCGUCAAGGGUGGAAGCAGAAGCGGAUACAGGUCGUCUGGCCAGAGUCUUCGGCAGCUUUGACUUCAAAGUGGUGACCUUGCAGGAUCUCGAUCAUUCCAAGAUGAUUGACGUGUUAAUGAGACAGGGAGAAGACGACCACUCGAACUACGACUGCUUCGUGUGCUGUAUCAUGUCCCACGGCACCACGGGAAAGGUGUUCUCGUCUAACGACGUCGGCAUCGACAUUCUCGAACUGAUCAAACCUCUCAACGCAAAACGCUGCACUUCUCUGAAAGGCAAGCCGAAGUUGUUCUUCAUACAGGCUUGUCAGGGGGAGAGGCACCAGAGCCCGGAGCGCACAGAUAGCCUGUUCGAUGUCGCAGUCACCUCCACUUUCAUUGCCAAAGAGGCUGACAUCUUCUACGGUCUCGCCACGGUCCCCGGGUACACAGCCAUACGGCAUGACUACGGCGCGCCAUAUGUGCACCAUUUGGAGUGGACUUUUACAAAGUACGGUAAAACACACGAUCUCCUGACGAUGAUGACCAUGGUCAACGAAAACAUGAACGCUAGUGAGCAGGGUCGCCUGGUAUCGUCCUUCCACUCUACACUGAGAAAGAAGGUGUACCUUUGUGGAACUGUUUAAUGUUACUAAAACGGUGGCCGAAAAAUUACCAAGUUUGG